GAGGACAAACAGCCAUCGACCCAUUGAAGGCACUGGAGACAAACCACAGAGUGCAAACAUGUGUAACUUUUAAAGAGGAAAAUUCCAAAGCAGUGAAAGUGACAGGGUUUUUUUUUUGUUUUUUUUUGGAGAGCAACAACACCUGAGGAACUUCUGAUGCGUCAGACGAAGAGGUUUUUGACAGAGUUCCAUUUUGAGAACAUUGCAUAACAGAGCCUGUACUUUUAGUCUUUUUAAUCCACCCAUCCUUAGACAGUGGACAGACCCUCCUGUCACCAUGCUGCCCGCGCAGGAAGCUGCCAAAAUCUACCACACCAACUACGUGCGUAAUGCGCGCGCCAUGGGCGUGCUGUGGACGGUGUUCACCAUCACCUUCGCCGUCAUCACCAUGGUGGUGUUCAUCCAACCCUACUGGAUCGGGGACAGUGUUCACACGCCGCAGGCCGGGUACUUCGGCCUCUUCCACUACUGCAUCGGGAACGCGCUCACCUCGGAGCUCACCUGUAAGGGGAGCGCGCUGGAUUUUGGAUCUAUCCCGUCCGGCGCCUUCAAAACGGCCAUGUUCUUCGUGGGUAUCUCCACGCUCCUGGUGGUGGCCUGCAUCGUCUGCUUCAGUCUUUUCUUCUUCUGUAACGCAGGCAGUGUCUACAAGAUCUGCGCCUGGCUGCAGCUGGCCUCCAGUACAUGCAUGGUGAUUGGUUGUAUGAUCUAUCCUGACGGCUGGGACUCUGAUGAGGUGAAGCGCAUGUGUGGCCAGCGGACCGACAAAUACACCCUGGGCAACUGCACAGUGCGCUGGGCCUACAUCCUGGCCAUUAUCAGCAUCAUGGACUCACUCAUCCUCUCCUUCCUGGCCUUCAGCCUGGGCAGCCGCCAGGACAAACUGCUGCCAGAGGACUUUCAGGUGGAGGGAAAAGAUAAUGCCUAGAUCACCCAUGGACAACGAAGGGAAGAAAAGAAUCAGGAGGAACACUGACUGGAGGGAUUCAGAUGUGUUAAAAUAUAGAAUUAACUGCCUGCAAGGAUUUUAUCUUCACCACAAAACCACAUUAAACAGAAUUAUCUCCAGCUCCUACCAACAGUUUGGAAUUAGUAUGUUUAAUAGAAAUGUGGGAAAAAAUAUUCCUUGCACUUUGCUUAACCUCCUAAGACCCAGCUAUGGGUGUUUUGUCCAUAUUUGUGGACAAGAAUUACACAUUAUAGUUAAGAGCAAAAGUAAUAAAGCUGCCCACUGAAAGGGACAU